UUUUUUUUUUCCCUCUUUUUAAAAAAACAAUUUUAUAAUCAUAAUGGGUAAAGGUGGAUUUGGCGAACGUGGUGGACGUGGCGGUGGUCGCGGUGGCGGAGGAGGAGGAUUUAGAGGAGGUCGUGGUGGUGGACGUGGUGGAUUCAGCGGUGGAUUCAACCAAGGUCCUCCUGCUGAAGUUGUCCCCAUGGGCUCUUUUGUGCAUGCUGUUGAAGGAGACAUGGUCUGUAAAUCCAUCAAUGUCAAGAUUCCUUAUUUCAAUGCUCCCAUCUUCCUCGAGAACAAGUCUCAAAUCGGUAAAGUGGACGAAAUUUUAGGUCCUGUCAACGAAGUUUAUUUCACAGUCAAAAUGCAAGAAGGUAUGAUUGCAAAGUCCUUCAAGGCUGAUGAUAAGGUCUAUAUCGGUACAGAUAAGCUUCUUCCUCUUGAACGUUUCUUACCCAAGCCCAAGGUUGUUGGCAAAGUCGGUAAAGGUACUGGUCAACAAGGUCGUGGUGGUCGCGGUGGUGGACGUGGUGCCCCCCGUGGCGGCCGUGGUGGUUUCGGCGGUGGAGACCGUGGAGGUCGUGGCGGUUUCGGUGGAGGACGUGGUGGUGGACGUGGCGGUUUCGGUGGAGACCGUGGAGGCCGUGGCGGUUUCGGCGGUGGUCGUGGUGGUUUCGGUGGUGGAGACCGUGGAGGUCGUGGCGGCUUCAGAGGUGGUCGUGGUGGU